UCCUUGUUAGACAGUUGGUAAGAGUUUUUUUUUUCCUCUUCUUUACUCUGUUUCUCUUACGAAGUUAGGUUUACUUUACUUUGUUCUUUUUCCAUUUUACCCAAGAAUGGUGUCGGAUUCCGUGUUGGUUGACCGGCUCCGGGAAAUACUCCGAGUUUCCGACCUUGAAAUUGCCACCGCCGGCACCGUUCGUCGGAGGCUUGAGGAGGAACUUGGGGUCGAUUUACUUGACAGGAAAGUAUUUAUCAGGGAUCAAAUCGACCUUUUCCUUCGAAUUCAGGUUGAGGAAACUCCAAAGAACGACGUACACGAAGCAGAGAAUGGGAAGGAAGGUGAAAAUGAUGAUUCUUGCUCCCAAGAAGAACAAGAGGAAGAACAAGUGAAGGAAGAUGAAAAUGGCGAUUCUUGCUCCCAAGAAGAAGAGGUGGGUGAGGAUAAGAGUGCCACAAGGUCAAAGAAGAAAGCGCGUAGGUCUGAGAAAAUGAAUGGAGAAGCAAAGAAAAAAGGGGGCUUUAACAAACCAUGUGCACUUUCUCCACAGCUUCAGAAAUUGGUUGGCGAGCCAGAACUUGGCAGACCAGAGGUGGUCAAGAAGAUUUGGGCCUAUAUCCGGGAGAAGAAUUUACAAAACCCAGAGAACAAGCGGAAAAUUUUAUGUGAUGAAGUUUUGAGUGGAAUUUUUCAGGUCAAAAGUAUAGACAUGUUCCAGAUGAACAAGGUGCUAUCCAAGCACAUUUGGCCCUUAAAUGAGGAAAAUGGCACUCAAGUCAAAACUUCUGUGAAGAGAAGGCUACCGAAAAAAGGCAGAGAAGAAGCUUUAGAUGAGCCAAAGCAGAAAGAGAAAAGGCAGAAAGGUGGAGGAUUUGGUUUUCUUGCUCCAGUUCAAUUAUCAGAUGCUCUUGUGAAAUUCUUAGGUAUUGGUGAAAAUGCAUUGCCGCGAGCUGAUGUUAUUAAGCGAAUAUGGCAAUAUAUAAAAGAAAAUGAGCUGCAGGAUCCAUCUGAUAAGAAGACAAUCAUCUGCGAUGAAAGGUUAAAAGAACUAUUUCAAGUUGAUUCCUUCCAUGGCUUCACAGUUACAAAGCUAUUGACUGCUCAUUUUAUCAAAAGAGAAGACUGAUAAUGUGGCUUGCUUGCAAUUGGCAAUGAGGGUAAUUUAUCUUCUACCUGGCCCUGUUAGUGGUUGCUGCUUCUGUCUUAGUUUCUAUGGCUUUUAGGUAUACUUAUUCAGCCAUAGUAUAGGAAUAUAUGAUCUUGAAUGUUUAGCAAAAUGCUACUUGGUAUGAAGCUUUCCCUUCUGCCAACGCAAAAAAAGAAAAAAAAUUGAAGAAAACAAAAUAGUUGUCCCUCCCUGGACUCUGAUAAAAUUGGAACAAUGAAAAAACAAAAUUGUUAUAUCCUUUUUUUUUGGUAACUGACUGUAUUCUAUAAAUCACCAAGUGAAAACAUUACAAAGCCA